GCGGCCGCCGCUGAGCCCCGCCGCCCGGCCCAGGUGCACAACCUGCAGGAGCUGCGGCGAAGCGCCUCGCUGGCCACCAAGGUCUUCGUGCAGCGCGACUACAGCGAGGGCACCGUGUGCCAGUUCCAGACCAAGUUCCCCCCGGAGCUGGACAGCCGGAUCGAGCGCCAGCUCUUCGAGGAGACGGUGAAGACCCUCAACAACUACUACGCUGAGGCCGAGAAGAUUGGGGGCAGCUCCUACUUGGAGGGCUGCUUGGCCUGCGCCACCGCCUACUUCAUCUUCCUCUGCAUGGAGACGCACUACGAGAAGGUGCUGAAGAAGAUCUCCAAGUACAUCCAGGAGCAGAAUGAAAAGAUAUACGCGCCGCGGGGGCUGCUGCUCACCGACCCGCUGGAGCGCGGCAUGAGGGUCAUCGAGAUCUCCAUCUACGAGGACCGCUGCAGCAGUGGCAGCUCCAGCAGCUCCAGCUCCAGCUCCAGCAGCGGGGGCGGCGGGGGCAGCGCGGGGGCUCGGUGACUGGCAGCGAGUCCCUGCAGGAACCUGUCCUGCCGGGACGAAGGCCGCGCCGAGGUCCGCAGGCUGCGGUACCAGAGCACCCGCUUCUGAGCCUU